UUCUAAUCUUCACAGUGGAGGCUUAUGUGAGGAAACUAAAGCCCGUAAUCCAGUAUGAGCCUUGUUCUGCUGCAGUGUCGGACUCUACAGUGGGAUGAAGACACACCAGUAAGACUGGGAGACGAAGAGUGGAUGUGGAUGAAGAAAUCACUGAUACUUUUGUAUGUGAAGAUGUCAUCUGCAAUGAUUUGGUUGCCAGUUUUGAUGUGAACAGAACUCGUUAUGAGCUAAUUUUACUUCACACCUCAUGUUGGGUACUAGUGCCUACGAUAAAGUUAUCAAUUCUCAUGUCAUCCGUGUUUAUUCGCUGUGAGUUUAGAGUUUUAGGAUGACAUUAGUGGUAGGAACCUAUUGGGUCACAAGGAACACGGACAGUGUUUCUGACGGACAACAACAAGAAGAUCCAGCCCAGUGCUCGCUGCAGUAGAUACCUGUCGUAACUUCGUAAUAUCUGGGAUUUAAAAUAAUUGCCAUCCUUACCCUUGUGGUUGAAGGGACUCAGUAGAAGGAUAAAUGUCUGAUGCAUCAGCACUUCCUAAAGAAGAAGAAGAAGAGGAGGCUACGCCUGAACCAGAGGACCAAUCCGACGACAGCAGUGGGGAAGAGGCUGCAGGAGACACAGAGAUGGACUUCCUGCGUAACCUCUUCUCCAGCACCCUGGGUCUCGGCUCGGCAGACAAAGUUCUGGACGAGCUGACUCUGGACGGAGUGGCGCAGUACAUAAAGAGCGGCAAAUGUAAAAACAUCAUCUGCAUGGUUGGGGCAGGAAUAUCCACAUCGGCUGGGAUCCCUGAUUUCCGCUCACCAGGAACCGGCCUGUACGCAAACCUGCUAAAAUAUAACCUCCCUUACCCGGAGGCCAUCUUCCAGAUAGAUUACUUUAAGAAACAUCCAGAGCCUUUCUUUGCCUUGGCCAAGGAGCUGUACCCAGGACAGUUUAAGCCGACAAUCUGUCACUACUUCAUGAAGCUGCUGAAGGACAAAGGGCACCUGAGACGCUGCUACACACAGAACAUCGACACUCUGGAGCGUGUGGCCGGGCUGGAGGGAGAUGAUCUGAUAGAAGCUCAUGGAACGUUCUACACAUCCCACUGCGUGAGCUUCUCAUGCCGCAAGGAGUACGACCUGGACUGGAUGAGAGAUCAAAUCUUUUCUGAAGACAUUCCUCGCUGUGACAAGUGCAGCAGUUUGGUGAAGCCAGAUAUCGUCUUCUUCGGAGAGAGUCUACCCGUCCGGUUCUUCACAUCAAUGAAGAUGGACUUCCCUCGCUGUGAUCUCCUCCUCAUCAUGGGGACGUCUCUGCAGGUCCAACCGUUUGCAGGUCUCGUCGGCAGGGUUUCAAAAAGUUGCCCCCGUCUGCUCAUUAACAUGGAGAAGGCCGGGCAGGCCGAUCCUCUGUUUGGGUUGCUGGGUUUUGGAGGAGGGAUGGACUUUGACUCAGACAAGGCGUACAGAGACGUAGCUCACAUCAGUACGUGUGAUGACGGCUGUUUGGCUCUCGCUGAGCUGUUGGGAUGGAAGGUGAGUUACACGAUCAUCUCUCGUAGAUCCUCCGCUCAUUCUAGGUUGUGUACAAGCUAUUUAUCACCAACCAAUCACGCGAUUCUGAGGACAAAUGGCUUUGGAGCGUAUGGUGAUCACUUCAGUCAGGAGGUAAUUAGGCCAAUAUUAAAAUAUAGGCUCGUUAAUGUUUAGUGAUCUAAUUUCUGAGGGUAUGUUUUAGGUUGUUGUGCCUCUCAUUUCCUCUCUGAUUGCAUUCCUCUCAUUUAAUUUACUUUAAGCUCCCACCAUAUCCUGCAACACAAACUACAGAUGCACAGCAUCAUUAAAGCUUCAUUCCAUAUUUUCUGAUUUGACUCCUCCCACACUGUAUAAAGUGCACAUGAGAAGGUCCUGCUGCGUUAAAUGAUCAUACGAACGGAUCAUUAUGAGAAUGGAGCAUCUACUGUAUGUAAACCACACCGAACUGUAUGUGUUGAUAAAAUAACUUAAAUUAGGAUUAAAUGAAUAGUUAUGUAUAUUCCAGCUCCCAGCACGUUGUCUCCAGUUUGUUUAAUCUUCAACAACAGAAUAGUAAAAACCACACUUUAGCGGGAGCUACGUGCUGAAACUGUUUCUUGGUCAACAGCUGAGCGCAAUGACUUCACGGAAUCGAGAUGCUGCACCACGUGACCACAAAAUGUUUUCACAAUCUCGUGUACGAACGCACAGCAGCACAAUAAGGAAACUACUUUUGUCACAUUAAGUGCAAUAAAAAGAGAAUUCCUGUUGGUCCAAUCCUCCCGUUUCCUUGUUGAACCGGUUCCUUGUUGAACCGGUUCCUUGAGAGAGAUUCCGCAUCCUCAUAAAACUGAUCUGGGUCGAGUCUGUCCCUUAACUUUCUUUGAGGAGCUUAUUAUUAUUUUGUUCAAUCCAUCUCAAGCAAAACAGUUAAACGGCCUCAAGUCUACGUUUAAAGUUUACACUGGAUUACAUUUUAAAUUGGAAUUUAAUGUUUUUUUUGUGCAAUUAAAUUGAAUCUAGAUUUGGAGUACAAAUUAAACUGACGUUUAAAGAGGUUUAAAUUGAAUCUUUCUAAAUGUAAAGCUACUUUAUAUUUAAUUGGGUUUAAAAUUAAUCCUUGUUUCCUCGAGGUUCAUUGAACACGAAUGAUUUUAGUUUGGUUAGUAUAUUGUCUAUUUAUCAAGACACAGAAUAUCUAGUUAUUGGACUUCAGUAGCUCUCAUCUAGACGCAUCUGUUUGGAACCACACUCAUGUGCCUAAAUAUACAAUGUAGUGCAAGGUGCACCUGUGGUGUUCUUGUAGAACUGCAGCAGAAGCAACAAAGGUGAGAUCUUUUGAACUGUAAAGGUAACCUACAGAUGAUUUUCCUGUGUGAAGUUGUGGUCGCAAGUCACCACCACCGUGGACGGACUUCUCCAUGCAUGAGUCAUGUUAAAAUCACUCCCCCCUCCCC